GAAAAAGAUAUCUAGGAAGGUGUCAUAUCUCAUGGAAUCCGAAUCUGCCAAUAAUAUGAGAGCGACUAGCAAUUAUUCUGAAUCUCCCCAAAGGGAAGAAUCAAAAGUUGUUCUGUCUCUGUUCUUGAUUGUCUGUUCUUCGUUAGAGUUAGAACAGAAGCUUCCAAAAGCUGUUUUUCAUGAUUUUAUAAGAGAGAUAGAGAGAUGUAUAUGAUUGAGAGCAAGGGAGGGGCAAUUGCCUGUAUGCUCUUGGCUCUGCUCUUCUUAGGGACAUGGCCAGCAAUCAUGACAUUAACCGAAAGACGUGGUCGACUUCCUCAACACACUUAUCUUGACUAUACACUCACAAAUCUGUUAGCUGCAGUGAUCAUUGCGUUGACACUAGGCGAAAUAGGUCCAAGCAGACCAAAUUUCUUUACUCAGCUUUCUCAAGAUAAUUGGCAGUCAGUUAUGUUUGCAAUGGCUGGAGGAAUUGUUCUUAGCCUUGGAAACUUAGCAACACAAUAUGCUUGGGCUUAUGUUGGUUUAUCAGUUACUGAAGUCAUCGCAGCUAGUAUCACCGUUGUUAUCGGCACAACUUUGAACUAUUUCUUGGAUGAUAGAAUCAACAGAGCUGAGGUCCUUUUCCCGGGCGUCGCUUGUUUCUUGAUCGCUGUUUGCUUCGGCUCUGCUGUUCAUAAAUCAAAUGCAGCUGAUAACAAAUCCAAAUUCCAAGAUUUCAAAAGUUUAGAGACUGCGUCUUCCUUUGAAAUGGAAACAGUUUCUGCAAAUAACGGGUUAGCGAAAGGGAAAGCGAAAGAAGGGACUGCGGCGUUUCUCAUAGAGCUUGAGAAACAAAGAGCUAUAAAGGUCUUUGGGAAAAGCACAAUAAUCGGAUUGGCGAUAACUUUCUUUGCCGGUAUUUGCUUUUCUCUGUUCUCACCUGCAUUUAACUUAGCGACAAACGAUCAAUGGCACACUUUGGAACAUGGAGUUCCAAAACUCAAUGUGUACACCGCCUUCUUCUACUUCUCCAUCUCUGCGUUUGUGGUUGCUCUGAUACUUAACAUCAGAUUUCUCUAUUGGCCUAUACUUGGUCUCCCAAGAUCUUCUUUCAAGGAUUAUCUAAAUGACUGGAACGGUCGAGGAUGGUCUUUCUUGGCUGGAUUUUUAUGUGGGUUUGGGAAUGGUCUUCAGUUCAUGGGCGGCCAAGCCGCAGGCUAUGCAGCUGCAGACGCUGUUCAGGCACUUCCACUUGUGAGUACAUUUUGGGGGAUAUUGUUGUUUGGAGAAUACAGAAGAUCAUCAAGAAAAACAUAUACAUUUCUCAUCAGUAUGCUUCUUAUGUUCAUAGUCGCUGUCGCGGUUCUUAUGGCCUCCUCGGGACAUAGAAAAUGACUUGAAAAUGAAAUUCAUAGAAACGUCUACAAGUUAAACUGCUAAAAGGAUCACUGAAGGAAGAAUUACUUCACUAAUGACUGCAACAUGUUCAAGUCUUUGUUUAUAUUUUAACCAAAGUGUUUUUCUUUGUUGGUUUCAGUCUCACGGCUUUGCUAACAACAAUUGGUUGUAUUGUCUUUGUUUACACAUCAGAGAAAGAAAACUAUAGUUUAUGGCAACUUGAGAAUUAUUUA